GGUUAGAAGAUGCGGACCAGACGCUAUGGUCUGCACUCUGCACGCACACGCAAGCCUCCCGUCCCGAGAUGGCGGCGACCCUCCGGUCUCCUCCCCCCACCUCCGUCUCCGUCCCAUGCGCUGCCAUCGGCGCCUCGCUCCACUUCUCGCUGCCAGUGUCUCGCAAGCCAUCGGUCUCCUGCAACAGAGCAUGCCGCGCCGGCAUCCGGUGCUCCGCUGCGAACAAGCCCUCCCCUCCUCCCCCCACCACUCCGGACAGCAGCGAGGUAAGUUCCAUGGCGAAGAUACGGAGUGAGGUGCUGUCCCCGUUCCGGUCGGUGCGGAUGUUCUUCUACCUCGCGUUCAUGGCCAGCGGCGCGCUGGGCGGCCUCAUCGCGCUCACGCGGCUCCUCCCGGCGUUGUCCGACCCCGCGAGGGCCGCCGGCGCCGCCGACACGCUCAAGGGCCUGGGCAUCGACGUCGCGGCCGUCUCGCUCUUCGCCUUCCUCUACUCGCGCGAGAGCAGGGCCAAGGACGCGCAGGUGGCCAGGCUCGCGCGGGAGGAGCGCCUAUCCAGGCUCAAGCUCCGCGCCGGCGCCGGCGACGUCGCCAGGCCGUUCGCGCUCGGCGAGCUGCGCGGCACCGCGCGGCUUGUCAUCGUGGCGGGGCCCGGGGAGUUCGUCGCCGAGUCGUUCCGGCGGAGCCAGCCGCUCCUGAGGGAGCUCGCGGAGCGGGCCGUGCUGGCGGUGCCCUUCGCCACGGACGGGAACACGCCCGAGCUGCGGAUCGACGGGGGCGGCGACGAGGAUGGCGUCGGUGACGAACUUGCCAGGAGGAGCAAGAGGCUCUGGCAGCUCACGCCGGUGUACACCACCGAAUGGGCGCAGUGGUUGGACGAUCAGAAGAAACUCGCCGGCGUGCCACCUGAUUCCCCCGUGUACCUCUCGCUCCGGAUGGACGGGCGCGUCCGCGGCAGCGGCGUGGGUUACCCGCCGUGGCAAGCGUUCGUGGCGCAGCUGCCGCCGGUGAAAGGGAUGUGGUCGGGUCUUCUCGACGGGAUGGACGGCAGGGUGCUCUAGGCCAACACUGCAAGAAGCCCCCUGUUUUGCUGAGGCAUGUUUAGCUAGAUGUGACCAGUGCUUACAAGGAUGCUUUACUUGUUCAUGAGAGUUGAAACUGAGACGUAUUAGUAAUUUAGUAUAGCAGCACACGUCAAUUAAAGACAGACAUCAGGUGUAUAGCCCAUGUAUGGUAAAUCAGAAUGCACGAGCCCAUUUCGUUUCAUUUAUAGACGGGAGUUCAGAGUACUCAACUAUAUGUGUUCUUUUAUUAGAUUA